GAUAUGCAUUGCGAGGGUUUUGUAAUUUGCAAAGACACUCUGAAGUUCCUUCCUUCCUUCUUCUGCUGACAGACACCAAUGGGGAGUACGGCGGCGGCGGAAAAGACCGAACAAGAACUACGCCGCGAGAUCGACGAGCUUCUUCGCCAACAGCGCGAGAUAACUGAGAGGCUUCGAGAUCCUCGUGGCCUUCGCAAAGGCGCUUUACCAGCUCCUAUUCUACGCAACAAUGCUAUUCGUCAACGUUCCUUUCUUCGCCCUGGUUUAGAUAAUAAUGAUUCUGAAGAUCAACCUCCUGCUAAACGUCGACUUUCAUCUGCUAUUGUUAAGCUUGAGGAAGGGGAGUUGGUUGAAGAUGCUGAUGCGGGGAACACAAAGGAUUCAGCUGGCAAAAAUGAAAAUGGGAAUGCUACCUAUGGUCAGAAUGAUGUGAACCGUUUUAAUUCUCAACAAAGUGGACUUCCUAGAAGAGAUGGCUAUCAAAGAAAUUCAAAGGCUUUUGAGAUUCCUACUUCAGAACUUGUUCCGAGGGUGUUGCCUAAGAAUGAGGACCCAAGCUUGGUUAAUAGGAACAAAAGAAUGCUGGGUCAGCUUUUGGGAACUCUGGAGAAAUUCAGAAAAGAAGACAAGCAGCUCUCAGGAACUGAGGCAUAUAUGCGAAGAUCUAAUUCGUUGCAAAGAGCUGAGCAAAGAGCACGGGAAGAAAGUGAAAGGCUUAGGAAAGAAGAGCGUGAACAGAUUGCUGAAAAGCGGAGGAGGGAUUUGACACUUAGGGCACGUGUGGCUGCUAAGACUGAAGAAAAGAAAUUGGAGUUACUCUUUCUUCGGUGGAGUGAGCAUCAUAAACGACUAAGCAAUUUUAUAAGGACUAAAGCAGAGCCUCCAAUAUACUAUAUGCCUAACAUGCCCUUGGAUGAAGAUGCUGCAUCAGCUGAGAAGCGCAUAGAAGAGGAUUUCCUUGAAUGGAAGAAUGCAAGAAGAGAGGAAUUGUCUGAGUAUCAAAAACAAAUUGGGGACCAGUAUCUUGCCAAUGUUGAGAAGGACUUGGAGAGAUGGCAGAAUGCGAGGAAUGCAAGGAAAGUAAACAGUAAUGACCAAAAUUUACAAGAAACUAUGGAUAAAGAAUUGGAUACUCAUAGGCUCGAGCAUGGUCCCAAGAAAAGAAAAAUUCCUGACGGAAGUAAUAAUGAAGACGAUGACGAUGAUGUGGAAGAUAUAAAUGCCGGAGAGGAUGAUAUGAUGGAGGAUGAAUUAGAUGAAACAAUUAAGAUGGAAACAGGCGACGCCAAUUCAGACCCCGCUCCUGAUGCUGUCAAUGUAGACCUAAAGUGAUGGGCUGCCAUGGCACAUUCAUCAAUUAUUCAAUGAUAUAUUAUGUUUUGUAGUUUAUCCCUUGCUAUGCUAGGCUUCUGUAUUAAAACUUGUUGCUUUAGUAUUUUUCUGUAAUCAAAUGAAGUUUCUCUACUUUUGUCUUUGUAUUGGGUUUGUUUUCUGUUCCUUUUGAUGAACUAAGAAUGUUCUUAUCUCAUUUUAUUUAUUAGUUUCAAUCUGAAAUUUAUUUUUCCAGGAA